AUGAGGCUCCUCUCCCGCGCGAGACUGACCUUCUCCCUCCUUGUUUCCUCCGUCAUCCUCGCCUCUACCGCCCUCCCCGUUGAGUCUUCAGAGACUGAGCUCCUGGUACUCACCCCCGACAACUUCGAAACUACCGUCUCCGAGGGUGUCUGGUUUGUGGAGCACUUCUCCCCCUACUGCGGCCACUGCAGAAACUUCGCGCCCACCUGGAAGCAGCUCGUCGAGCAGACCGAGAAGAAGGCCGACCCCGGCAUCCACCUCGCCCAGGUCAACUGCGCCAUCGACGGAGACCUCUGCCGCAAGAACAAGGUCGAUGGUUACCCACAGAUGAACCUGUACAAGAACGGCAAGUACGUCGAGACGUUCAAGAAGGCGCGCAGCCUCGAGAUCCUCACCGAGUACCUCGACGCGCACGCCGAGCCGCGCGCGCCCCCGGCCCCAGCUUCCACCGCUCCCGCUGCCCCCGAGCCCACCGCGAAGGACGAGUCCGCCCCGGCGGUGCGCGAGAAGAAGCCGGACGUGAACCCGAACGGGACGGUGCUGAAGCUGGACGGGGCGAACUUCCGCUCGCACGUGGACAAGGGCGGCAUCCUCGUCAAGUUCUUCGCGCCGUGGUGCGGGCACUGCAAGAAGCUCGCGCCCAUUUGGGAGCAGCUCGCGGGCGAGAUGCAGCACACGCUGGAGGUCGCGGAGGUCAACUGCGAGGACCACGGCGCGCUGUGCCGGCUCGAGGGCGUGUCCGGGUACCCGAUGCUGUUCUACUAUGGCGGGAAGGAGGCGAAGACGGAGUAUACGGGCGCGCGGAAGCUUGAGCCGCUCAAGGCGUUUGCGGAUAAGGUUUCUGGGCCUGGUGUACAGGAGCUCAAGUAUGGCGAGCUCGAGGCCCGCGUUGCAGAAAACUCCGUGCUUUACCUCCUCUUGCACGCUCCCGCCGACCGUGCGAUAUUCCAACAAGUCGUUGAUGCGUCGCAUGUACUGUUCGGCUCGCCGCCGCUGUACACGUCGUCCUCCAGCGCGUUCUACGACCACUACAACAUCAAGGCCGGGACCGCCGCCAUAGUCGCGCUCAAGGACCACGACCCGAACGUACCCGCGGCCGUCUACAAAAUCCCGAAGCCCGUCAGCACCGCAGAAGAACGCCAGGCACUCGUCGACUGGCUGCUCCGCAACCGCCUCCCGACCGCGCUCGAGCUCGACUCGGACAACUUCCAGGACGUGAUGAACGCGCCGCACAAGCCGCUCGUCGUGCUCGUCGCGACCGCACAGCGCGACCUCAAGCAGACCGCCAAGGACGUCGGCGAGCUCGCGCGCAAGUGGCGCGACGCGCGCGGGCGCGCGCCCGUCGUGUUCGCGUGGAUGGACGCGGACAAGUGGGGCAAGUGGCUGAAGAGCAUGUACGGGAUCAAGGCGGGCGGGCUGCCGCGCGCGGUCGUCGCGAACCACACGCGGCUCGUGUACUGGGACAAGGACCAGUUUGGGGAGACGAUCAGCUUGACGAGCGCGAGCGUGUUCUCGGCGGUGAAUGGUGCGAUGAAGGGCACGAUCCCGUAUAAGCACUCGGAGAACGCGAUUGAGCGGCUUGCGAGGUAUUUGAACGACAAGCUCGUCUCGGUCGAGACCUACGUCGUCUCAAACCCGUGGCACACCGCGCUCUGGGGCUUCGUGCUGCUCAUCGCGCUCUUGCUCGGGAUCAGGCGGCUGCUCGCGGACACGGAGGAUUCGAGAGAAGGGGGUUAUUUGCGCAAGGGGGGGCGUCUCGACUAG